GCGCGGCUGCUGAGGGCGAGCUAGCGGCGCGGCGGCGGGCACCGGAGGCCGAGCGCGGCGGCGCCCGAAGCGCACACAGCGGCAGGGCAAGGCGGCCCGAGGCCCGGCGGACACCGGAAGGCGAGAGCCGGCGAGGGCAGUAGGCGGCGGCGGCGGCAGCGGCAGCUCGUAGGCGGCGGCGGCGGCGAGGAUGGUGACUGGGAGGCUGUGCUGGGUACCGCUCCUGCUGGUGCUGGGCGUGGGGAGCGGCAGCGGCGGCGGCGGCGGGGGCAGCCGGCGGCGCCGCCUCCUCGCCUCUAAAGUGAACAAGCACAAGCCGUGGAUUGAGACUUCGUAUCACGGGGUCAUAACAGAGAACAACGACACAGUCAUUUUGGACCCACCACUUGUCGCCCUGGAUAAAGAUGCACCGGUUCCUUUUGCAGGGGAAAUCUGUGCAUUCAAGAUCCAUGGCCAGGAGCUGCCCUUCGAGGCUGUGGUGCUCAACAAGACGUCGGGAGAGGGCCGGCUCCGCGCCAGGAGCCCCAUCGACUGUGAACUGCAGAAGGAGUACACGUUCAUCAUCCAGGCCUACGACUGUGGCACGGGGCCCCAGGAGACGGCCUGGAAGAAAUCGCACAAGGCCGUGGUCCAUAUCCAGGUGAAGGACGUCAAUGAGUUUGCUCCCACCUUCAAAGAGCCGGCCUACAAGGCUGUCGUGACAGAGGGCAAGAUCUACGACAGCAUCCUGCAGGUGGAGGCCGUCGACGAGGACUGCUCCCCACAGUACAGCCAGAUUUGCAACUAUGAAAUCGUCACAACUGAUGUGCCUUUUGCCAUCGACAGAAACGGCAACGUCAGGAACACGGAGAAGCUGAGCUAUGACAAGCAACGCCAGUAUGAGAUCCUGGUGACCGCCUACGACUGUGGACAGAAGCCUGCAGCGCAGGACACCCUGGUGCAGGUGGACGUAAAGCCAGUUUGCAAGCCUGGCUGGCAAGAUUGGACCAAGAGGAUUGAGUACCAGCCUGGCUCAGGGAGCGUGCCCCUGUUUCCCAGCAUCCACCUGGAGACGUGCGACGGGGCUGUGUCCUCCAUCCAGAUCACCACAGAGCUGCAGACCAAUUACAUCGGGAAGGGCUGUGACCGCGAGACCUACUCUGAGAAAUCCCUUCAGAAAUUAUGUGGAGCCUCUUCUGGCAUCAUCGACCUCUUGCCGUCCCCCAGCGCCGCCACCAACUGGACCGCAGGACUGCUGGUGGACAGCAGCGAGAUGAUCUUCAAGUUCGACGGCAGGCAGGGUGCCAAGAUUCCUGACGGGGUUGUACCCAAGAACCUGACGGAUCAGUUCACUAUCACCAUGUGGAUGAAGCAUGGCCCCAGCCCUGGUGUGAGAGCUGAGAAGGAAACCAUCCUCUGCAACUCAGAUAAAACGGAAAUGAACCGGCACCACUACGCCCUGUACGUGCACAACUGCCGCCUUGUCUUCCUCUUGCGCAAGGAUUUCGACCAGGCAGACACCUUCCGCCCCGCGGAGUUCCACUGGAAGCUGGACCAGAUUUGUGACAAAGAAUGGCAUUACUAUGUCAUCAAUGUGGAGUUUCCUGUGGUUACCUUAUACAUGGAUGGAGCAACGUAUGAACCAUACCUGGUGACCAACGAUUGGCCCAUUCAUCCGUCUCACAUAGCCAUGCAACUUACGGUCGGCGCUUGUUGGCAAGGAGGAGAAGUCACCAAGCCGCGCUUUGCUCAAUUCUUCCACGGCAGCCUGGCCAGUCUCACCAUCCGCCCUGGCAAAAUGGACAGUCAGAAGGUGGUUUCCUGCCUGCAGGCCUGCAAGGAAGGGCUGGAUAUCAAUUCCCUGGAAAGCCUGGGCCAAGGAAUAAAGUAUCAUUUCAACCCCUCGCAGUCUGUCCUGGUGAUGGAAGGUGACGACAUUGGGAACAUCAACCGUGCCCUCCAGAAGGUCUCCUACAUCAACUCCAGGCAGUUCCCGACCGUGGGUGUGCGGCGCCUGAAAGUCUCUUCCAAGGUCCAGACAUUGAGCGCCCCCAAAUCAGCAGUUUUUGAAGAAAUGCUUCACAACUUAGAUUUCUGUGACAUUUUAGUGCUGGGAGGGGACUUGGACCCCAAACAGGAGUGCUUGGAGCUCAACCACAGUGAGCUCCACCAGCGACACCUGGACGCCACCAACUCCACGGCCGGCUACUCCAUCUACGGUGUGGGCUCCAUGAGCCGCUAUGAGCAGGUGCUACGUCACAUCCGCUACCGCAACUGGCGUCCAGCUGCCCUGGAGGCCCGGCGGUUCAGGCUCAAGUGCUCGGAACUCAAUGGGCGCUACACCAGCAAUGAGUUCAACUUGGAGGUCAGCGUCCUCCAUGAGGUCAGGGUCUCAGACAAGGAGCACGUCAACCACCUCAUCGUGCAGCCGCCCUUCCUCCAGUCUGUCCACCACCCGGAAUCCCAGACUAGCAUCCAGCGCAGUUCAGUGGUCCCGAGCAUCGCCACAGUGGUCAUCAUCAUCUCCGUGUGCAUGCUAGUGUUUGUCGUGGCCAUGGGCAUGUACCGGGUCCGCAUCGCCCACCAGCACUUCACCCAGGAGUCUGAGGCUGCCAAGGAAGCCGAGAUGGAUUGGGACGACUCGGCACUUACUAUCACGGUCAACCCCAUGGAGAAACACGGAGCCCCAGGGCGUGGGGAAGAUGAGACCGAGGAAGAAGAAGAGGAAGACCUAAGCUCGAGCAGCAGCGACUCCGAGGGCAGUGACGAGGAGUAUGGGGUGGGCAGGGGCGGACACGGGCAGGGCGGAGCCGCGCAAGCGCAGCUGGAGUGGGAUGACUCCACCCUCCCCUACUAGUGCCCGCCUUCUGCGCCCGCCCACGUGUCUCUUUUGGAAGCCCCACCCCGAUGUACGCCCCAGCCUAUCACGUCGCCUCUGACUUCUAUGACAGGUCCCGGCAGGCCUUCCCCAGCAUCCUGGAGCCCACCCUUUAUGCUUUGGGUACUCCCCGCGUCCCAGCCCUGGGGUGGUUCCCAGAAGCCCAGCGUCAUCCUCACUGGGGACUUCAGGGGGGACUUUGUCCUGUGGCCCCCACUUCUCUUGCACUGGGCUCACCCAGCAGCCUGGAUCCGUGGGUACCGUGUUUGCUCUUCCCUGCGGGGGAGAAGGUCAGCCUUCGUGUCGCUCCCCUACCUGGGCUCCACGUUCUCAGGGCCCUGAGGUUCCAACCCCCCGUGCGGGCACUGACUCCGUGGUGUCUCCACACCGACCAUCAGGCUCUUCGCACCUGACUCUCCAGGCUGCUUCCUACAAGCAGGAUGGUCAGACUCCACACACCCGAGGUCUAAGUCCUCAGCCCUUCAAAGGAACGUCCAUACCGAAUUAAGUUUGCAGGGAAGGGUUUGCCUAGGCUGUCCCCACUGCUCCCCUCCCCCCGCCACACACACGUGCUCUUCCAUUUUGGAGAGCUUUUCCCUUUGUCCUUUUUGAGGCCACAGAAGCUCAUAUGAAAAGUCCGAAGCCAAGAGCAGGCCCUUGGCCACCGCAGGGCCUGGUUCCAGCCAAAGUUCUCUGAGAACCUGCCUUCCCGGCAGCUGCCGAGACCCGCGGUGCUGCCCUGCUGGGGGCUCCCACCACACGACACCAUGAGGGCCAGGAAGCAUGACACGUAGCCGCUGCCCUGGGUGACCGCUGUGACAAGCCCACAGCCAGGGAUCAGAAGGAAGGGCUUCACGGUGGACGCAGAGCUGGGUGACAGGGGUGGCUGGGCUCUCCUGGGCCAGAGGGCGGCCCCGAGGUUGACAAGGCUCUCUCUGUCCAGUCUUAGGGUCCCUCAUCCCCUAGUUCACAGUUUUGCCUCUUGAGAAGAAACACUCCUCUUGGAUGUUUUGGAACAAGCAUGAACUGCGCCGAGUCUGAAAUAAGAGUUUGGAGAUUUAACUGCUAGAAAUUAGAAGCAUCUUUGCCAUAAUAACAGCUUCUUUCUUCUCAGGAAAGGAGCAAUGCUUUGGGUGGAGGGCAAAUAUAUCCAAAAACCCUUUCCUUCUUUGUUUUAAUAAGGAAACCUUUUCCGUCUCCAUCUCAACAUGGACACUUUUGGAGGAGAACUGUUGCUAUAGUAACUGGUCUGUGAUCUUUUCUGGCGGAGAGUAUAGCAGGCAAGAGCUAGGGCUGUUAGAGGACUUCCAUGAGGCUCUAAGAACGUCUUUGUUUCAAAUGUCUUGGGCUUUUUUUGUCCUCAGUAUGUAUGAUCUGUCCCCUCUCUCCCCCACCCCAAUUCCCAGCCCAUCCCGUACUGGCACGGGCACAGAGCUGGCCCCUAGGCACAGGGUAUUCAGGUUCAAAAGAAAGGUCGGAAUCUGUUCAUCCUACUCCCUGUGUCAGAGAGACACAGCUACUCUCCUACUCAGAGAGAGCUUAUGAAGGGGGACCACCAUCAAUGUCUUUUAGUCUGACCUCCACCCAGUGAGGAUCUGUGACAGGUCUUUGCAAACUUCUGAUUUGAAGAAACCACCUUAGGCAGCCUUUUCCUUCGCCUAAAGUGUUUUUUGCAUCUGUUUCCUCCUUUGAGCCUCACAAUAAUCCCAUGAGGGAAUGGGGAACGCCUGUUGUUAGACCCAUUUUCAUGAUGAGUAAACUGAGGUUCAGAGAUUCAGCAUCUUGCUCAGAGUCAUUCUGAGGCAUAGACAAGAUGGGACUCCCCACUUUUGGCCCAGUGCCUACCACCCUGAUUCUACCUAUUCGUAUUCACGCAGCUAACAGGCAUUGCUGAGGACCUACUACGUGCCAAGCGCUCUACCAGCAGCUGUGGGAAAGGGAGAAAGCGGAAGAAGCUCCUCCCUCAGAGGACUUGAUAGUUGCAGAGGAGAAACAGGCAGGCAUAGAAAUCAUACAAGAGACAAAUGCAGAGGGAGGGAGAGGAGAAGUCACAGGCUCUGAUUUUCCCCUCCUUAGAAAAGACGCUGGCAGAAGUUUGGGGUUUUAUAUUCAUUGAAUGGAAAUAGACACCUCUGUGAAUUUUCCCAGUCAAAUAGCCCUUUUCUAUCAGGCAGGGUCUGCACGUGUAGAAGGAGAAAAUCUUGGAUUUUUAGUCCUCACAGACCCCUUAGUUAAAUAAAAAGAGACUUUUUAGCCAGGCAUUUAGGAGCUAACAGAAUUCUUCCAAAAUUAAGGCAGUAAAAUGAGUACCGUAUUUAUAGGUUUAAAGCCAAUUCUUUUUGAAUUGGAUUUUGAUUUAAAACAUUUAAGUCCGGUGUUCAUGAGAGUGCUUUCUCCUGCUAGGGCUUUUGUUUUGGCUGUGGUGGGGAAGGUGGUCUGGUGCCCUCCAACUGCCUUCUAUGGCUACAUCACUUAUUCACGGCUCGGUGAGCUGCU